AUGCGUGUGUCCCCGCUGUCGCCGCUGUCGCCGCUGUCGCUGCUGUCGCUGCUGUCCCUGGCGGGCUCGGUGUCCCCAGAGCCGGGCCGGGUGUCGCAGCUGGUGACAGAUUUCGGGCUGCGGCUGUUCCGGGCGGCGCUGGGAGCCCGCGGUGACACCAACGCCGCGUUCGCGCCCCUCGGGGCCACCUCGGUGCUGGUGGCCCUGCAGGUGGCCACGGCCGGGAGCGGCCGGCGGCAGCUGGAGGCGGCGAGCGGCCUCAGCAUGGACGCCCCGGGGGUCGCGGCCGAGCUGCGGGCGCUGCUGGGGUCGCUGCGGGCCGGUGGCGAGCGCCGGGGGCUGGCGGUGGCCCAGGGGCUGUUCGUGGCCCGCGGGGUCGCCCUGAGGCCGCGGUUCGUGGCGCGGCUGCUGCGGGCGCUGGGACCGCGGAGCCUCGGCCGGCUGGAGCUCGGGAACGGGGAGGGGGCGAGCAGGGCCCUGAACGCCUGGGCCAGGGAGAGGACAAGGGGUGAGACCCCCGGGGCUGGUGGCCGAGCUGGUGUCCCCCGGGGCGGUGGCCGCCGCCACGCGCCUGCUGGUGGCCGCCGCCGAGUCCUUCCGGGGGUCCUGGGGGGUCCCGUUCGCCGCCGGGGCCGCGCGGCCGCGCCCGUUCCUGCGCGGGGACGGCGGCGAGGGGACGGCGACGAUGGUGGCGGGGGAGGGGCGCGUGCGCUGCGGCCGGUUCGUGUCCCCGGCCGGUGUCCCCUUCACGGUGACCGAGCUGCCGUUCGCGGGGGGGGGGAGGUGGCGCUGCUGCUGGUGGCGCCCGAGCAGCGACACGUCCCCAUUGUCACCCUGCGGCCGCUGCUGCGCGCGGCGACUGUCACCGGCUGGGUGACAGCGCUGAGCCCCGCCCCCCCCCGCGUGGUGGUGCUGCCCCGUUUCUCCAUCGACUCCUCCUGGGACCUGCGGGGUCCCCUCCAGUCCUUGGGGGUCCGGGACCUGUUCGACCCCCAGAGAGCCGAGUUCAGCCCGGCCACAGCUGAGCCGCUGGUGCUGGGCCAGGUGCUGCAGAGGGUUCGCAUGGAGGUGACCGAGAACGGCACCGAGGUGGCCUCGGCCUCAGCUGCCGUGGUUUAUUCCCGCAUGGCCCCCCCCGAAAUCGUGUUGGAUCAUCCCUUCCUCUUCCUCGUCCGGCACCACCCCACAGCCACGCCCCCUGGGGAAGAAGCCCCGCCCACCCGUAAGGGAGGCCACACAGCCCCCAGGGAGAAAUCCUGCCCACUAGAGAAGGAGACCACGCCCCCUGGUGAAAAGCCGCACCUACCCAGAAGGGAGGCAACGCUCCCUGGGGAGGAGUUCCGCCCACCAGAGAGGAGGCCACGCCCAUCGAGGAAGAGACUACGUCCCCGGGGGGCAGCUCCACCCACUGGUGAGAAGGCCACGUUCCCUGGCUGGAAGCCCCGCCCACCCUGGAAGAGGCCACGUCUGCUGGUGAGGAAGCCACGCCCCCUUGCGGGAGAAGCCCCCCACAUCGGUGAGGAGGCCACACCCUCUGGAAGAGAAGCCCCGCCCACCCAUAAGAUAGAUCAUGCCUCCCCAGAAAUAAGCCACGCCCACCGCGGAGGAAGCCACGCCCCGGGAGAAGCCACGCCCAUCCAGAAGACCCCUCCCACCGGGGUGGAGGCUACGCCCCCGGGGAGAAGCCCCGCCCACAAGGCGGCACAAGGCGCCAGCACUGCCAGGGUGGCAGCACUGAUGACUCAGGGGUGGCUGCAGUACCGGCUGUGCCCACAAGGUGGCAGCACUGAUGACUCAGCGGUGGCUGCAGUACCGGCUGUGCCCACAGGGUGGCAGCACUGA